CUCAACCAAAAAACAACAAAAAUAUACACACAAAUAUAAAAACAAUAAAAAUUGUUUAGGAGGAUACUAAUACCAGUUAUUUGGAGAAAAAGGUUAAGAUGGGAAAAGAAAGUGGGACAUAUGCGGAAACAACGGUUCUGAUAAGCGAAGCUGAAAUGAUGGAGCGUCAAAAGAAUUACACCAUUCGAAUGCACGAUAUUGCUGCAGCCUGUUCUACAUUCAGAAAGGCUCUCCUGCAUUUUAGACUGCUAGAGGAAGAGCGUUCGAAUCAGGAGCGUUGGGAUCAGUUUCUUCGGUGUGAUGGCUUGCCCAAGGUGCGAUCCCCAAUCGAGAUUCGAACUUUCUUGGCCAAAAUUCGUCACUUCGAAGAAAUCGAAACGAAGAACUCUAUUGACUGGACAAUGGGGGUGGACGAGCGUAGUAUUCUAACACAAGAUAUUUACAAAAAGGACUUAACGCGACCAGUGUUGCAGCGAACCGCUGUUGAUAAUCCUGGUUCCUAUUUUGAGAGCAAUUUAAAGAAGUGUAUGGAUGUAUUGCAGCAGAUGGAUAUUCUGAUGGAUAAUGAGGUGGAAAUGGAACGCAUGCAAAAAAAUGUAUUGACUGAUCUUUUGGAAGUCUAUAGAGAUGUCCAACUGGAGAUUGAAAGCCUCUUUGAUCGACUUACUUAUCGCAUAUUGCGCAUGCAAAAGGCCUAUAUGAAAUCCGUUAAUGGAAUAGUGGCUAGAUGGAGCCACUCAUGUGAUCUAUGGCGCAUGGAUCUCUGGGGUCUUUACAACGUUCCCAUAUUGUUUCAGCAAUUGGAAGUACCACUAAUGAUGGUCGAUUUUAAGGAAACGGGUGUCAAGGUUCAGGUACCCCAAAGUGCGCUCUGGGAUUGUCUUACCAUCCGCUGUGUCCACACCAGUUUUGACCACCAAUCGCCGCAAGCCAAGAGCUACGAACCUUUGACGGUCGACAGCGCUUUCAUGCCCAAUGCUGGACUCACUGACAUGGAGGAGUCUGUGGUUGGUGAGUGGUUGAUGCAGAACGAUAUCCAGGAGGAGACCUUGAACAUCAUGAAUCGGAGGAGGGCGGAGUAUGAGGAACUCAUGCAGCUCAUUGUCGAGCGAACCGAGCAGGCUGCCAAGGAGGCCAAGUUUGGCAAGGGCGGCGAUGGUGAUAAGCGUGCAAAGAUAGUUAUCCCGAAGGUCCCGAAGACAGUUCCCCUUGUACCUCAGGGCAUGUAUCCCGAAAUAUUCAAUGAGUUCCUUUUUCGCGAAGAGGAUCAAUACAAGCAGUUCCUGAGAACCUAUUUCCAUCCAGACAAUCUUAGUUUGACCCCUGAGGAAGUUAAUCUUAGGGAGUGUAUAAUUGUUGGCGGAAUCUAUAACAUCUCAUUCGUGCGGCGACCGGACCAAACGCAAUUCGAGAAGUUCAACAUCAUCCUGCACGAGAAGGGUCGUGUUUUAGAGGUCAUACCCCAAGUGGUGGCCCAAAAAGAUAAUCGAAAGUCCCGACUUACCGAGUACACCAGAAUGACGCUCGGUACUUCCCAAAUGAAGCUGAAUGAUGAUGAGCUGCCGUUCUUUGUGGUAACCCUGCAGUUGCCGCCAGAUCUAUGCAGGUGGGGCAAGCCCGAAGUGUGCCAUUAUUUAAGGGAGCUCCAGACCCCAACAAGGACUCCAGAUGGGGCCACUCUCGUAACGCUAAACUUACUUUCUCCCAUACGUAUAUCAACGGAAUUAAACAAAAGGGAGGACAGCAGUGUGCGAUCGACAUUGGCUAAUCAGUUUUCACCACCUCUGAAAUCACUUCUAAAGCAGAGUAUAAUCUAUGGACCCUUUCCUUCCAGGGGAGAACCGAUAACGGAUUUCAAUUUGGAGAAGCCGUUAAAUAAGAUAGAAAUUAUAAAGCUCGAAAAAAUUUGUCUGCCUCGCAUAAUUUCCUCGUUUAAGUUUCCAAGCGAAUUCAUCGAAGACCAUCUAAGAGCCGAAGCUCUAAAGGCAAAGCCAAACCGCCUAGUAAAAAGGUCUGACACCGAAACAACUAUAGAAGCUAAAACACCAGCGGAAGUCUUCUUUGAUUUUGAAACGCAAGAUCGCCCAGAAAGGACGUUUCCUAUUUUCGACAAGGCGGGUGUUCUAGAGUUCGCAACUGCUGACUUUUUGUCAUAUUUCAAUUCUGCGGAUACAGCCACGGCGUGUGGACUAGUGUCCACUUUGGAGACCAUCAAAGAAAAAUACUUGCAGAGGCCCCUAGAAAUGUUAGAUCAAGUUGAUCUCCAAAAGUCCAAGAAGUCCGAGAAAAAGGCGGAAAAGUGGGAAAUCAAAAGUAUUGAUGGAAGAUCAAGUGCUUUAAGUUUUAGGGAGAGGUCAUCCUUUGCACAUAUAAAUGGCAGAAGGAGUGGCUUAGAUGCUAAAACCAAAAUAAAUGACUCAGAUAUAAUGAUUGCCAUAAGUUCAUCAGAUAUAAAGCUUAAAAACACUAAUUUGCCAAGGGCUUCGAAAACUAGGCACUCUAGGAGUGGUUCUGCGAUGAAACGGCGAUCAACCCGAAAGUCAUCCAGGUUUGACGAUACGGACAAGACUCGUCCUGUGGACAGUGAACCUCCAAAAUGGCUAGAUCACUGGACGAAAAAGUACAUCAUGGAAUCACAGAUAGAUCUGGAAACAAACACACUUACCUUUAGGACGGAUCGGUUGGGAAUUUUCGGAUUGGCCUUCAAACGAUACGAGCACUUUCCAUUCCGCGACUGGUGUAUACAGCCAAGUGAGGAUAAUCCAGAUGAAAUCAUACUCAGUCUGGACACAUUUCACGUGCGAAUGAUUUUCUACAUCACAGCCCUAGGAGUGCGGGGCUAUGUGACCGAUCUGGUUAAAGGAUAUACUGCCAAGCCGGUGAAGUACCUGGACUUUGUUGAGCCAAUCUCGGACUUUCGCAAAUUGAGAAAGUUGCUCAUUGAAAAGAACCUAAACAUUUUUGCCGAAAACGAUGCUAGUUAUUACAUUAAAAACGGUUACUUCUCGAUCAAGCACAUUGCCUCGGAGCUGCACACCUACAAUACCAUGGCCCUGCAAUGCAAGCUGAUGAAAUUCUACCGAUCCAGCUGGAAUCGCCUCGCCCAACGCCGUGACAUCAUCAUGGACAUGAAGAUAGCUAAGGACAACUCGGACUAUUCGGAGGUCACAAUGCGUAUUACACCCGAGAAGACAACCUUUGUCAAGAUCUCCGAGAUGUGUUCCGAUGAUGUGAAUGUGGUCAAGCUUCGUUACGAGGAGACUUGGCGGAACGUUAACACUUAUAAUGACUUUGGGCAGGCCAUUUACUCGCUAAAUCCCCAUUCCCUAGAGGGUUCCAAUAAAGACGCGAUGCUUUUCGUCUAUAUUAAAAGGCUUCUGAAUGAGAUUCGUCCUUUAAGUUACUCCUAGGAUUGUCAAGAUUUCUGUAUAAAUUUUACAAUGA